GCUGGUGGCCUUCCGGGGAGAGGGGUCGCCGCGCGGAGAUGGCGGCAGCGAAGGCCCCAGCAGCGCCGGCUCUCAAGCACUGGCGCACCACGCUGGAGCGGGUGGAGAAGUUUGUUUCGCCGCUCUACUUUACCGACUGUAAUCUCCGUGGCAGACUCUUCAGGGACAGCUGUCCAGUGGCUCUCUCCUGCUUCUUGACGCCGGAGAGGCUUCCCUACCAGCAGGCAGUCCAGCAGGACUUCCGCCCGGCGCAGGUCGGCGACCACUUCGGACCCACAUGGUGGACUUGUUGGUUCCGGGUGGAGCUGAACAUCCCAGAGGCAUGGAUGGAUCAGGAAAUUCACCUUCGCUGGGAAAGUGAUGGAGAAGGCCUGGUGUGGCGUGAUGGAGAACCUGUUCAGGGUUUGACCAAAGAAGGGGAGAAGACCAGCUAUGUCCUGACUGACAGGCUUGGGGAAGGAGACCCCCGGAGCCUGAUCCUGUAUGUGGAAGUGGCCUGUAAUGGGCUCCUGGGAGCUGGGAAGGGGAGCAUGAUCGCAGCCCCUGACCCUGAGAAGAUGUUCCAGGUGAGCCGGGCUGAGCUGGCCGUGUUCCACCAGGAUGUCUACAAGCUUCUGGUGGAUCUGGAGCUGCUGCUGGGCAUUGCCAAGGGCCUCGGAGAAGACAACCAGCGCAGUUUCCAGGCACUGUAUACAGCCAACCAGAUGGUGAAUGUGUGUGACCCUGCCCAGCCUGAGACCUUCCCAGUGGCCCAGGCCCUGGCCUCUAAGUUCUUUGGCCAACGUGGAGGAGACAGCCAACACACCAUCCAUGCCAUAGGGCACUGCCACAUUGAUACAGCCUGGCUGUGGCCUUUCAAGGAGACAGUUCGGAAAUGUGCCCGGAGCUGGGUAACAGCGGUGCAGCUCAUGGAGAGGAACCCUUCCUUCAUCUUUGCCUGCUCCCAGGCACAGCAGCUCGAGUGGGUGAAGAACUACUACCCUGGCCUAUAUGUCCGGCUGCAGGAGUGUGCCUGCCGUGGGCAAUUUGUACCUGUGGGGGGCACCUGGGUAGAGAUGGAUGGGAAUCUUCCCAGUGGAGAGGCCAUGGUAAGGCAGUUCCUGCAAGGCCAGAACUUCUUUCUGAAGGAGUUUGGGAAGAUGUGCUCCGAGUUCUGGCUGCCAGACACAUUUGGCUACUCAGCGCAGCUCCCCCAGAUCAUGCGUGGCUGUGGCAUCAGGCAUUUCCUGACCCAGAAGUUGAGCUGGAACCUGGUGAACACCUUCCCACACCACACCUUUUUCUGGGAGGGACUGGAUGGCUCCCGUGUGCUGGCCCACUUCCCACCUGGGGACUCAUAUGGGAUGCAGGGCAACGUGGAGGAGGUGCUAAAGACAGUGACCAACAACCGGGACAAGGGGCGGACGAACCACAGUGCCUUCCUCUUCGGUUUCGGAGAUGGGGGUGGUGGCCCCACCCAGAGCAUGCUGGACCGCUUGAAGCGGCUCUGCAACACAGAUGGGCUGCCCAGGGUACAACUGUCUUCUCCGGGACGGCUCUUCUCAGAGCUGGAGAACGAUGCAGGGCAGCUGUGCACAUGGGUCGGGGAGCUUUUCUUGGAGCUACACAACGGCACCUACACCACCCAUGCCCAGAUCAAGAAGGGGAACCGGGAGUGUGAACGGAUCCUGCAUGAUGUGGAGCUGCUCAGCAGCCUGGCCCUGGCCCACAGCACCCAGUUCCUAUACCCAGCAGUCCAGCUGCAGUACCUUUGGAGGCUUCUGCUCCUGAACCAGUUCCAUGAUGUGGUACCUGGAAGCUGCAUCCAGCUGGUGGUGGAGGAUGCCAUGAGCCACUAUGAAGACAUCCGUUCCCAUGGUAACGGACUGCUCAGUGCUGCAGCUGCAGCCCUGUGUGCCGGGGAGCCAGGUCCCGAGGGUCUCCUCAUUGUCAACACGAUGCCCUGGAAGCGCACAGAAGUACUGUCCUUGCCCAGGCCUGGUGGGGCCCAUACCCUAGGCCUCAUCUCUAGCCCUGGUGACAGUGCCCAGCAUGGGCUAUGCUCCUGCUCCUGCCCCCGUUUCCCAGCAGCCCUCACUGCCCCAGCAGCCUGUGUUUGUAGUGCAAGAGCUCCUGCAGGCUCAGUCUCAAGGCCCCCUCCCACCAAGACUGACGGUUCUGUGACUCUGGACAACGGCAUCAUCCGGGUGAAGCUAGAUCCAACAGGCCGCCUGACAUCCCUGGUCCUGGUAGCUUCUGGCAGGGAGGCCAUUGCUGAGGGUGCUGUGGGGAACCAGUUUGUGCUGUUUGACGAUGUACCCCUGUACUGGGAUGCGUGGGACGUCAUGGACUACCACCUAGAGACACGGAAGCCAAUGCUGGGCCAGCCAGGGACCCUGGCAGUGGGCAAUGAGGGUGGCCUGCGGGGCAGUGCCUGGUUCCUACUGCAGCUCAGCCCUAAUAGCCGGCUCAGCCAGGAGGUGGUACUGGACGUUGGGUGCCCCUAUGUCCGCUUCCACACUGAGGUACACUGGCAAGAGAUCCAUAAAUUCCUGAAGGUGGAGUUUCCUGCCCGAGUUCGGAGCCCCCAGGCUACCUAUGAGAUCCAGUUUGGACACCUGCAGCGGCCUACUCAUUACAACACCUCUUGGGACUGGGCUCGCUUUGAGGUAUGGUCCCAUCGCUGGAUGGAUCUGUCUGAGCAUGGCUUUGGGCUGGCUUUACUCAACGACUGCAAAUACGGUGCCUCUGUGCAUGGCAACAUCCUCAGCCUCUCGCUCUUGAGAGCACCUAAGGCCCCUGAUGCCACUGCUGAUAUGGGACGCCAUGAGUUCACCUAUGCUCUUAUGCCGCACAAGGGCUCCUUCCAGGAUGCUGGAGUCACCCAGGCUGCCUACAGCCUCAACUUUCCCCUGCUGGCGCUGCCCGUUCCAGGCCCAGCACCCACUGCCGCCUGGAGUGCCUUCUCACUGUCCACAUCUGCUGUGGUGUUGGAGACUGUAAAGCAGGCUGAGGCCAGCCCCCUGAGCCGAACGCUGGUGCUGAGGCUGUAUGAGGCCCACGGUAGCCACGUAGACUGCUGGCUGCACAUGUCGCUGCCAGUUCAGGAGGCUGUCCUCUGUGACCUCCUGGAGAAAAGGGACCCAGCUGGCCACCUAGCCCUGCAGGACAACAGCGUGAAGCUCACCUUUUCUCCCUUUCAAGUGCAGUCCCUGCUGCUCUUGCUGCAGCCUCCACCACACUGAGCCCCUGGGGUGGGAAUUUGUUCCUAGAAAGGCUUGGAAGCUCCUCACUUCUGCCUCUCAGCCACAAGCAAGGCCCAGUCCCCUCUGAGCCAAUGUAAAAUAAAUCCUUGGAUC